CAAGACUUCCCGAUCGGAGCUGCGAAGCUGUCUGGUCGACGGGGGGUGGAGUUCACCCCUGGAAAAAAAAAUGGAUGAUCACCUUUCAGUGAUCCUCUUUAUCCGAUCGUUCCGGUUAUGAACAUCGAAUUUCUCUUCUCAUUACCUCUAUCCCCUCCAUCCAUCUAUUUCCAUUGGAGCACGUGAGCUCGAACCCUCCGAGUCUGAAAAGUGUACGAAGCUCGAGUUUCCUAUAAUCUUCAUGGUUCGCCCGCGGAGAAGCUCAGCCUUGGGCGUGGACAUCCGAGGUGACACCAGCGCACCAGCGAUGUCCACAAUGAACGAAGUGAGUCCGAUCGAGCCAACAUCACCAGAUCUGAAGCAAUUCGAUGGCGCACACAAACAGGCCAGCAAGGCCCAGUCCAAACGGCGUCGCAGCCGCUCCCUCCUCCACCGCUUCGCCGAUACCUGUCUGCGAUACACCUGGCUCCUGCCGCUUAUCGUAAUGCUGUUCCUGAUCGCGCUGUACGCCAUCAACCCCACAACCUCGAACCCAAUGCACAGCGCCAUCUUCCUCUCCUACCCGCAGCCCCCGAAUACUCCCGGCGGACCCAUAAUGUACGGCAAGGGCAAGAAGGACAUUGCGUUUGUGGCAUUCUACACGAUCGUGCUGUCGUUCACGCGCGAAUUCAUCAUGCAGCAGAUGAUCCGGCCGUUUGCCGUGUGGUGCGGUAUCCGCGGGAAGGGGAAGACAGCGCGGUUCAUGGAGCAGGCGUAUACGGCAGUUUACUUCGGUGUGUUCGGGCCGUUUGGUCUGUACGUGAUGAAGCGGUCGACUAUCUGGUAUUUCAACACGACUGCGAUGUUUGAGGGCUUCCCGCACCGCGAGCACGAGGGUCUCUUCAAGGCGUACUACCUGCUCGAGGCGAGUUACUGGGCCCAACAGGCGAUUGUGUUGAUGCUGCAGUUGGAGAAGCCUCGUAAGGACUUCAAGGAGCUUGUCGGUCACCAUAUUAUCACGCUUGCUCUUAUCGGGCUGAGCUACCGCUUCCACUUCACGUACAUGGGCUUGGCGGUGUAUAUCACGCACGAUAUCUCUGACUUCUUUUUGGCCACUUCCAAGACGCUCAAUUACCUGGAUGCGUAUAUCACCGCGCCCUACUUUGCCAUGUUUGUUGGAUGGUGGAUUUACCUUCGUCAUGUGCUGAACCUGAAGAUCCUCUGGGCUGUUCUGACCGAGUUCCGCACUGUUGGACCAUUCGAGCUGAACUGGGAGACACAGCAGUACAAGUGCUGGAUCAGUCAGUAUAUCACCUUUUCACUGCUUGCCAGUCUGCAGGCUGUCAACCUGUUCUGGCUGUUCCUGAUCUUGCGCAUCCUGUCCAACUACAUCUUCACCAAUGUCACAAAAGACGAGCGCAGUGAAGAUGAAGAGGAAGACGAAGAGCUAGAGUCUCUCAAUGCGAACAAGGCAAUUACUACCGGCGCAGACCAGACCGGCAAGGAGAACCACGCGCCCCAGGUUCUACUCAACGGCGAACCUGUCGCUGAACAGCAGGGUCCUCGGACUCGCAGCAGAAAGGCGUAAGCCGAGUACUUUUGUCUGAGUUGGAUCGAUUACCAUUUAAUCGACUACCAUUCAAUCGAUUACCCAGGCAUCAAAGCCGGGGAUCUUCACCGUGUUAUAGUUAUACUUUUGGAUCGGGUGGGUUUCCAGAUGAUCCUCUGGAUGUGUUGAUAUGCUGUUAAUGUAUUUGUUGAAGCUGGGUCUGAGUCCGGUGCAUUGGGUGUGCCUGUUAGAUAGCCCCUUAGAAGAGCGGGCGCCGGCGCUUGUUUUUGACGAGCAUAUGAACUAAGUAAUUUUUACUGGAUGACAGUCUGUUAAUGUUGUAUUGCCAUUCAUGUGCUUCAUA